GAAUCUCUCAAACUUGUCAUUUGCCACAAUAGGAAAAACCAAAAAGAAGGGAGAGAUUAAAUUCCCAAGAACUCGCGAAGACCAUCUUCUUCUUCCACUCCCCUUCUCCGGGCUUCACCUCCGAUCUCUGACCCAGACCCACCCUUGUGGAAAAGAAGAAGACUCCGCAAUCUCCAGUCUCCCAGAUCCACCCACACUCUCUCUCUCUCAGUCCAAACCCAAAUUCACCAUGGACCUCUACCCAAAUCACAGCACCAACCUCCCCCCACCUCCUCCGCCUCCUCCACCGCCAACAACCCAAACCCCAGACCCACCCGCAACACCAUCUCCCCUCCCUCACCGCCACCGACGACGACCCAAUGCACUCAUGGUGGGAGUCCAUCUCCAAAGCCCGCUCCCGCAUCCACUCCCUCGCCACUCUCCUCGACCCUUCUCUCUCCUCCUCCCUCUCCUCCCUCGCCGACUCCGACCGCCCCGCCCUCUCUCUCCUCUCCUCCCUCGAAGCCUACGCCGCCGUUUCCGCCGUCCUCUCCGCCCCCCUCUCCGGCUCCGGAUCCGACCCGCUCUGCAACUGGCUCUACGACACCUUCCUCUCCUCCGACCCCCAUCUACGACUCGUCGUUUUCUCCUUCCUCCCUCUCCUCGCCGGCCUCUACCUCUCCCGCAUCCACUCUCUCUCCUCUGACUCUCUCACCUCACUUCCCUCCCUCGCCGGCUUUGAGGCCGUGCUCCUCGCUCUCUACGCCGCCGAGACCAAGGCCCGAAACGGCAAGCCCAUUGUCGUUUCGAUCCCGGACCUAUCUCAGCCCUCUCUCUACCACAUUCCUCGAAGCCAGAAGACGACUAAUCCCAACUCCAAUUCCAGUAAUAUCCAAUCCGUUGGGGUUUUGUCGCCGCCGCUUGAGCCCCAGGUUGCCGUCAAGUCAACCAAACGGGCCUGCAUUGUUGGAGUUGCGCUGGAUUCUUAUUACAAGCACAUUUCGCAGAUGCCCACUUGGUCCAAGAUAGAUUUUUGCAGGUUCCUAGCUUCUUGGGCCGGCCCGGAUUGCUCUUGUCAGCGGCAAUUCGAAUCCGGUGAUAACCACAGUGAGCCAGAGAUUGCUGGGUUCUUGGAGGCCGGCAAUGGGAAUGGGAGUGGUAAUGAGAAUGAGAAUGAGAGUGAGAUUGAGAUUGAGGGUGAUGUGGCGGAAGAAAUGGGUCAACUGAGAAUUGAGCAAAAUGGGAUCAGCAAUGGGGUCAGUCAUGUGGAGGACUCAAAGGGGGUGAAGAUUCCAUUGCCGUGGGAGCUUUUGCAGCCGGCGCUGCGAAUAUUGGGGCAUUGUUUGUUGGCGCCGUUGAAUUCUCAGGAGGUUAAGGACGCUGCUUCCAUUGCGGUGAGGAGAUUGUAUGCCAGGGCAUCUCAUGAUUUGGUACCGCAGGCGAUUUUAGCUACUCAGAGUCUCAUUCAGCUUGAUAACAGGGGGCGUGAGGCAGCCAAGGCUGCAGUGGCGGUUGCUGCUAAUUCAUCUUCGAAUGUUAACACGCCGAGCAAAGCUAAGAAACCUGAAAUCCUUUUGGUCUCAAAGUAAUGUGAGUAUUGUUUUGGUUUGUAUGGUAUUUGGAUUUUUACAGAUUGCAAGUAAUGGAUGUUGUAUAGGAUAUAGCAACUUAUCCAAAAGUUGAAAAGCAGUUUCUAUAUUUUUAUGUUGUAUCUGUCAGAUUAGUGUUUGUGCUUUUAGAUGCUAGAAGUGACAAAUAUUCGAUUAAAGGUUUGCUUGUGAUUAUGCAAGUGUUAUGGAUUAUGCACCCAACUUGCUUGAGCAACUUGUUGGUUUUCUUUGAGUUU